AUGUCUCAGACCAGGGCGUGCUUUCCCAAUCGCCCUCAAUUCUCGGGGUUCAUGAAGCCCUGUCGUGUUGAAGGAGAUGUUUCCCAUUUGGAAGUGUAUGGUGAGAUACCCAAGGAGAUCGAUGGUGUUUUCUAUCGGGUAAUGCCCGAUCCUCAACUGCCUCCCUUCAUCGAAGAUGAUCCCUGGUUCAACGGGGACGGAAAUGUCGCUGCAUUUCGUAUCCAAGACGGCCGAGCAUCCUUCCGGCAACGGUACGUGCGGACGGAGAAGUUCGUGCAGGAGCGCGAAGCGCAACGGGCGUUGCUUGGCAAAUACCGAAAUAAGUUUACUGAUGCGGUGGAGUUCCAAGUCCGCAGCACGGCCAACACUAAUGUAGUUUUCUUCAACGGGCAGCUGCUGGCCCUAAAAGAGGAUUCUCCCCCUUACGCCAUGGACCCCGUCACGCUAGAGACCAAGGGGCUCUACGACUUCGAGGGCCAGCUGCCCACGCGGGGGGAUGGAACACCCGACGUGUGCUAUUACACUGUGUCGCCCACCGGCCAAUUCACGGAGGUGGUCUGGCUGGUCGCGCCGGUGGCGGCGAUGAUCCAUGAUUUUGCCGUGACAGAUAACUGGGUCAUCUUCCCAAUAAUACCUCAAGUGUGUGACAUUGAACGCAUGAAACAAGGAGGCGAACACUGGCAGUGGAGCCCCGAUACACCCCUCUACCUAGAAGUCAUGCCCCGACGGGGCAGCAAAGCGGAAGAUGUGAAGUGGUUCCACUAUAAGAAUUCAUUCCCAGGUCAUACGGCCAACGCCUACGAGGAUGAAAAAGGCCAUCUCGUGGUCGACCUAGGCUUAAGUGAGACCAACGUGUUCUUCUGGUGGCCCGAUGGCCAGGGAAGGUCACCGGAACCCAGCUCAAUUCGCUCCCAGCUGGUUCAAUUCACCCUAGAUCCCCAGGCCGUGGAUCUCGUUCUUCCCGAACCUAAAAUCCUGCACCAGGGGAGCUCGGAGUUCUACCGGAUCGAUGACCGGUUCGCCACCCAGCCCUACCGCCACUGCUACUUCGAUCUGAUGGAUCCGGAGCUGGGUACCGAUUUCGAGCGGAUUGGACACAAAAUCGGGGGUGGUCAUCCAUUGUACAAUUCCUUGGCCCAUUUUGACAACGUCACGGGGAAAACGGAAAUUUACUACCCCGGAAAUACCCAUCUAGUCCAAGAGCCAGUCUUUAUCUCGCGGAAGGACUCGACCACGGAGGGAGAUGGGUAUGUUAUGGCGCUGAUCAAUAACUAUGAGACUAUGGCCAGCGAGCUCCAUCUGCUAGACUCGCGAGACUUCACCCGCGCACAGGCCAAGAUCCUGCUUCCGGUCCGCUUGCUGCACGGCCUGCAUGGAAAAUGGGUUGAUGGGAGAGACAUUGAGCCGUCGACAGAGUAG